AGACAAAGAAAAGGAAAGGAUGUGAAGAAAAAUUAGUAUAACAGGGUGAUGACCAACAGCGACAUGCCAAUAUUUUGCGAAAACGUCAAACAGGUUCCGUCCCUGAGCUGCAUAUCGAAUUGAACUAAGCUCCUACUGACUCCAUUCCUGCAAAUUUCCUUUUUUGAAAAAAGUUCCAAAAACCCUCCAUUCUAAUGGCCAACUUCGUCGACCCAAAAACGGGCUUUUGCUCUAAAACGAUGACGUUCCACAGUCUCCGACCUCCCGUUCCACUCCCACCCGAAUCCGCACCCAUUUCACUUACCGACUUCAUCUUCUAUCUCCUUAACUCCUCUCCUCCCUCGCCCACUGCUGUCGCUCUCAUCGACGCCACCACGCGCCGCCGUAUUCUCUAUCCCGAACUUAUCUCCCGAGUGAAUAACCUAGCCGCCUCCCUCCGCACUCACUUUGGCCUCUCCAAAGGCGAUUGCGCUUUCGUUUCCUCCCCGAACAAUAUCUACACUCCCAUUCUUUGCUUGUCUCUCUUCUCUCUCGGCGUCGUUGUCUCUCCCGCCAAUCCAGCCGCCACAAUCCCAGAGAUUCACCAUCAAAUCCGACUUUCGAAACCGGUAAUCGCUUUUGCCUCAUUGGAUUCAGAUCAUAAAAUCCCUUCGCUUAAAUACGGAACCGCUAUAAUGGACUCGGUUGAAUUCGAGUCGUUAAUGGUAAAUCGAAGUGAAAAAAAGAAACAAGAAGGAAUCAAAGUGAACCAAUCAGAUGUUGCCACGAUUCUCUAUUCGUCCGGCACAACAGGUCGGGUCAAAGGAGUUGCAUUGACUCACCAUAACUGGACCGCGACGAUCGCAACAGGCUAUUCGUUGCGUCCGAUGAGGAAGUGCCCCACGGUUGCUUUUUGUCCGGUUCCGUUAUUUCAUGUCUACGGGUUAGCGUACAGUUUGAGGCUUCUGGCGACGGGUAACUGCGUGGUCAUUAACGGAGGAGGUGGGAGACUUGAUAUGAAAAAAAUCUACGACAUCGUUGAGGAGUAUCGGGUUAGCCAGGUGGCGCUGGCCCCACCUUUGGUUGUAACGAUGGUAAGGGAUGCUGGAAUGAUGGAGGGCUGCGAUUUGAGCUCGCUUGAAGUUAUCUCGUGCGGGGGAGCUCAUUUGAGCAAGAGUAAGAUUGAGAGGUUGCGAAAACGGUUGCCUAAAGUUCAGCUGGCGCAGGCGUAUGGGCUAACUGAAACAACAGGGCGAGUGUUUGCUACGAUGGGUCCCCAUGAAAGCCAAAUAGAAGGUGCCACGGGAAAGCUUAUGGCAAAUUGUGAGGCCAAAAUUGUCGAUCCUGAAACUGCUGUUGCUUUGCCUCCUUCUAAGCCUGGAGAGCUUUGGAUUAGAGGAGCUUUGGUAAUGAAGGGUUACGUUGAUAAUGAGGAGGCAACUGCUGCGACUGUGGAUUCAGAGGGAUGGUUAAGAACUGGCGAUCUUUGCUAUAUCGAUAAUGAAGGUUUCCUGUUUUUUGUGGAUAGAUUGAAGGAGUUGAUCAAAUACAAAGGCUACCAGGUUGCCCCAGCUGAACUGGAGCAUCUGCUUAGUUCCCACCCAGAUGUCGUCGACUCUGCUGUGGUUCCGUUUCCGGAUGAGGAAGCAGGUCAGGUACCAGUGGCCUUUGUAGUCAGACAAUCAGGCAGCAACAUUGAUGAAUCAGAAAUCAAGCAUUUUGUUGCUCGACAGGUUUCCCAGUACAAGAGAAUACGAAGAGUAAUUUUCAUUGAUUCAUUGCCAAAGAAUGCCUCAGGUAAGGUACUGAGGAAGGAGUUAGUCGAAUUGUCAAGUGCUACCUCCAAGUUGUAAAAUUCCAUCACUGCUUUAUGUGUUUAUGACAGAAAAAUUGCUAUUUUGUUGAUGUUAAUUUACUUUGUGUAACAUAAAAAUGGUUACAUAUCAUUACAAAUGAUCAAAGUUAAUAUGUAAUAAAUUUGCUCAUAAAAGAAUGGGAAUAUACAAUACUCAACUCUAUCCCA